GCGCUCUGUGCCCUUGUUGCCGAGCGCCUCGCCCUGGGUCAUUCCCGGAGCAGGAGCAGGACGGGCCGACCGCAGGGCUCCCGCGUGGCCGUCCCGGCGCCUGCGUAAACCUCCCGCUGCGGGAUGUGGAGGCUACGCCGGGCUGCGGUGGCCUGUGAGGUCUGCCAAGCCUUAGUGAAACACAGCUGUGGAGUCAAAGGACGUUUACCAUUACAGAAACUCCAUUUGGUUUCCCGGAGUAUUUCUCAUUGGCAUCAUCCUACCUUAAAGCUUCAGAGACCCCAAAUAAGGACAUCCUUUCAGCCCCUUUCUUCUUUGACUAACCUUCCUUUACGCAAAUUGAAGCUGUCUCCAGCUAAAUAUGGCUACCAGCCCCGCAGACAUUUUUGGCCAGCAAGACUAGCUGCAAGGCUCUUGAAGCUUCGAUAUAUCGUACUGGGAUCUGCUGUGGGCGGCGGCUAUACGGCCAAAAAGACUUUUGAUCAGUGGAAAGAUAUGAUACCUGACCUUAGUGACUAUAAAUGGAUCGUGCCCGACAUUGUGUGGGAGAUUGAUGACUAUAUAGAUUUUGAAAAAAUCAGAAACGCCCUUCCUAAUUCAGAAGACCUCACAAAGUUAGUACCCGACUUUGACAAGAUUGUUGAGAGCCUCAGCUUACUGAAGGACUUCUUUACCACGGGUCACAAAUUGGUUAGUGAAAUCAUAGAAGCUUCUGAUCCACUGCUCUUGUUAGGUUCACCUGGAGAAACAGCGUUUAGAGCAACAGAUCACGGACCUGAAAGUGACAAGCACUAUAGAAAGGGUCUGCUUGGUGAGCUCAUUCUCUUGCAACAGCAAAUUCAAGAGCAUGAAGAGGAAGUGCGCAGAGCCACUGGCCAAUAUAACCCGAGCUAUGCCCAGCAGAAGCGAAAGGUUUCAGACAAAGAGAAAAUUGACCAACUUCAAGAAGAGUUGCUGCGUACCCAGUUAAAGUACCAGAGGAUUUUGGAACGAUUAGAAAAAGAGAACAAAGAAUUAAGGAAAUUGGUGUUACAGAAAGAUGAUAAAGGUAUCCAUCACAGAAAGCUCAAGAAAUCUUUGAUUGAUAUGUAUUCUGAAGUUCUUGAUGUUCUGUCUGAUUAUGAUGCCAGUUAUAAUACACAAGAUCAUCUGCCACGAGUGGUUGUGGUUGGAGAUCAAAGUGCUGGAAAGACUAGUGUAUUGGAAAUGAUUGCCCAAGCGCGAAUCUUCCCUCGAGGCUCGGGAGAGAUGAUGACACGCUCCCCAGUUAAGGUAACUCUCAGCGAAGGUCCUCAUCACGUGGCCUUGUUUAAGGAUAGUUCUCGGGAGUUUGAUCUCACCAAAGAGGAAGAUCUUGCAGCACUGAGACAUGAAAUAGAAAUCCGCAUGAGGAAAAAUGUGAAAGACGGUGCUACUGUUAGUCCUGAGACAAUAUCUUUAAAUGUAAAAGGCCCUGGACUACAGAGGAUGGUGCUUGUUGACUUACCCGGUGUGAUUAAUACUGUGACAUCAGGCAUGGCUCCGGACACCAAGGAAACCAUCUUCAGUAUCAGCAAAGCAUACAUGCAGAACCCUAACGCCAUCAUACUCUGUAUUCAAGACGGCUCUGUGGAUGCUGAACGCAGUAUCGUGACAGACUUGGUCAGUCAAAUGGAUCCUCAUGGAAGAAGGACAAUAUUUGUCUUGACCAAAGUAGACCUGGCAGAGAAGAAUGUGGCUAGUCCAAACAGGAUUCAGCAGAUAAUUGAAGGAAAGCUCUUCCCAAUGAAAGCUCUGGGUUAUUUUGCGGUUGUAACAGGAAAAGGAAACAGCUCAGAAAGCAUUGAAGCUAUAAAAGAAUAUGAAGAAGAGUUUUUCCAGAACUCCAAACUCUUAAAGACAAGCAUGCUAAAGGCACACCAAGUGACUACAAGAAAUUUAAGCCUUGCCGUUUCAGACUGCUUUUGGAAAAUGGUACGAGAGUCAGUUGAACAACAAGCUGAUAGUUUCAAAGCAACACGUUUUAACCUCGAAACUGAGUGGAAAAAUAACUACCCUCGUCUGCGAGAACUUGACCGGAAUGAACUGUUUGAAAAAGCUAAAAAUGAAAUCCUCGAUGAAGUUAUCAGUUUGAGUCAGGUUACACCAAAACAUUGGGAGGAAAUCCUUCAGCAGUCCCUGUGGGAAAGAGUAUCAACUCAUGUGAUUGAAAACAUCUAUCUUCCUGCCGCACAGACUAUGAAUUCAGGGACGUUUAAUACUACAGUGGAUAUCAAGCUUAAACAAUGGACUGAUAAACAACUCCCUAAUAGAGCAGUAGAGGUUGCUUGGGAGACGUUGCAAGAUGAAUUUUCCCGCUUCAUGACAGAACCUAAAGGGAAAGAGCAUGAUGACAUCUUUGAUAAGCUGAAGGAAGCUGUUAAGGAGGAAAGCAUUAAACGCCACAAAUGGAAUGACUUUGCAGAAGACAGCUUGAGAGUUAUUCAGCACAAUGCUUUGGAAGACCGGUCUAUCUCAGACAAACAGCAGUGGGAUGCGGCCAUUUACUUCAUGGAGGAGGCUCUUCAGGCUCGCCUCAAGGAUACUGAAAGUGCAAUUGAGAACAUGAUAGGUCCGGACUGGAAAAAAAGGUGGUUAUACUGGAAGAAUCGGACCCAAGAACAGUGUGUUCACAAUGAAACCAAGAGUGAACUGGAGAAGAUGUUGAAAUGCAAUGAAGAGCACCCGGCUUACCUUGCCAGUGAUGAGAUAACCACAGUCCGAAAGAACCUAGAGUCCCGAGGAGUGGAAGUAGACCCAAGUUUGAUUAAGGACACGUGGCACCAAGUUUAUAGAAGACAUUUCUUAAAAACAGCUCUAAAUCACUGUAACCUUUGUCGCAGAGGCUUUUAUUACUACCAGAGGCAUUUUGUAGAUUCUGAGUUGGAAUGCAACGAUGUGGUCCUGUUUUGGCGAAUACAGCGCAUGCUUGCUAUCACCGCAAAUACUUUAAGGCAGCAACUCACAAACACUGAAGUCAGACGAUUGGAGAAGAACGUUAAGGAAGUGUUGGAGGAUUUUGCUGAAGAUGGAGAAAAGAAGCUCAAACUGCUGACUGGUAAACGAGUUCAGCUGGCAGAAGACCUCAAGAAAGUUAGAGAAAUUCAAGAAAAACUUGAUGCUUUCAUUGAAGCCCUUCAUCAGGAGAAAUAAAUUGUAUUAUAAUGCCACUCAUCAUUGCCUCUCUGCCUACAUAUGAAGAAAGAAAAUUCCUCCAGAGUCCUUUGUCCUGCCUCUUUUUGUUCUGCUGUUCCCCUUUAUAAACAUACAAUAAAGUCACGGGAUAAAAUCACGUGUGCAUAGUAGAGACGCCUUAACCACGGUUGCCCGUCGAGUGGAAGACCAGUGGAUACAGCAUUCGCACCCUGUUUUAUUGUCUUGAGGUGACAAAUUGCGAUGAUAUAAGUAUGGUGGCCAUUAAGGUCGGUACUGGAAAAUAAGGGACUUGUUGACCUGCUUGUCUUAUCCCCUCAUUUGUGGGAGCACUGGUGCCACUAAUCUCUGCGAGCCUUUUCCGGAAAAAGAAGGCCAGGUGUUUUGAAUGAAAGCCUAGCGAGGUGAGUGGAGACAUGAAGUUAUGGGAGCCUACUCACUUGUUGACAUUAUCUGUGGUGUUGUAUGCUGGGAGCUACUGGACUGUGGGAGUGCCCUUUACACUCACCACGGGACAUAAAAACAGUUGACUGAAGAACCCGUCCGAUAGGUUAAUUUGCUUUUAACUGCAAGGUAAAUCAGAGAUUCCAACCUUUUUCACUGACCACUGAGAGAGUUGCCUGAGAAGGCUAAGGCCAGAGCCCUUCGGACCGCGCGUUUCAGUUGGUCGUCUUGUACUCCUGUGCCCGUUGGAAAUUAAUUCAUUUUGGAUGUUGUGUACUUAAGCCAGACUUUCUGCUAACAGUGCUAUUGACGGAGCUGUUGGAUUCUGACACAGGAUGAGGCAGUUGAGAUAAUAAUGGGUUGAUUGGUUUCAUUUCCAGUUUCCAAACAGGAUAGGCAGGCCAUCGGGGGAAAGCAGUCUUUCAUAAAGCUGUUUAUAAUGUCGAUGUGAUUUCAACACUUAGAAUGAUGCUGACCCUCCUCUCUUAGCUGGGUGUCUAGGGAAGACCUUAAGUUUAACUCAUUGAAUUUCGAUUGUAAUAAUGCCCUUCACAUCAUUUUUAUGUGUUUUAUAUAUAUUUUUUAUUGACUUAAAAGACUUUUUGAUUGGCUGAGAGCAAAGAGAUAUGCCAUUUUGAUUUAAAAUGUUUUGUUUGUUUGUUUGUUUGUUUGUUUGUUUCAUUUAAGGUUAUUCUUUGCUGCCUUUUCAUUAAGCCAUAUUAUGAUAACAAAAAAGUGGGCCAUCAUGUUACAGUUCUUAUUUUACAAUUUACCUAGUAGUCCAUUGCCCGGGGUUGGGAUUAGGAUUGUUUUGUUUUGCUUUGCUUUUUGUAACAGUUCCUUACACCCCCUUCCUCCCCCUUUUUUUGCUUUUACACAUCAGUGCAUCCUUGUUCAAGGUCUGAUGCUUAAUCUCCCAAGUUGAAGGACAUUACAAAUAUUUUGGAAAUUGACAGUUCAGUUCAGUAAACAGUCGUUGUUUACUGUUGAAUGAAAGUGGACCCUCUGAAGCAGCUAGUGGCUGUAUCCAUUGUUGCUCAGUGGGCGCGGGACACCUGUGCUGCGGACAAGAGCAGAGGACCAGUGCUCCGCACACUAACCCGCCCUCUCCCCCAGGCAGCCUGCAGGUAUGGAUGGCCCUUGCUGGAGCGGGUGGUUGUAAAACACAACCACUGUAAGAGAAAAGAGGAAGUAGGCCGUGUUUAUUUCUGUGAGCUGUGGUCUAGAAAAGAAGACCUCUGCUAGGGUUGUACAGACCUCUCUCCAGCCAAAGGCUGCGGGAGUCAGUCCUCUCACCACAUCCCCUGCACCCCUCCUAUGAAUUUCUUUGUAAAGGAAGGGGUGGUCACCUGCAUUUCUUUGAAGAGAUCAGUAUUGUAAUUUAAAUAUAUAAAUAGAAUAUAUAAAUUAAUAUUAUUCAAAGUGUCAUUUUCAUGAAUCCAGACAUCCCCCAUCUUUCUCAGUAAUAUAAUUUCUUUCAAAGAAUAUAUAAUUUUUUGUAGAUGAUCUCAUAUUAAGCAUGCUUUUUUUUUUUAGAAAGCUAGAUAUUUAUUAAAAGUAGAUGUUAUUGAUAGAAAGAAAUAAAAUUCUGAUUCUCACCGGUAACCCUGUGUGUCAUGUUUGUAGUUCAAAAAUUAGAAAUUAUUUUUAUUGAAACAAAAAAAAAAUGCCAUCUUGGAUUUUCAGGCUAUAUAAGUUAAGCUUUAACUGGGACAGAAAUCUGAAUUUUUUUGGUAUGAAUGUGCAAAAAACGAAGUAAGCAAACUAUGGGCAACUGUUGUAAAUAGGUGGGGUCAAAAUGGACUUGAUCAGAGUGUCAGUUUGAAAAAAACAGCAUCAAUAGGAAAUGAAUGAUUGUUUACAAGUGGGGCAAUCUGCCUUUUCUAGUAGCUUUAAUUAUAUUCUUUGCUCUGCAUAGAUUCUGGUUUUCCAGGCUUUAAUCUGAUAGCCACCUUCCCAUAAAGAAAUUAGCUUCCAAAAGGCAAGUAAACAGGGGUACCACUGAGGUGUAGGGAGCGUAGCUGGAGUGGUGCUUCCUAACCUGGCAGCUGGGGCGUUUCACGUACGAUAACAGGAGUGUAGGUUUAAUGGGAAAGCAGGUGGUUAAUAAUGGUAAGAUUUAGUUUAGAUAGCAUUUCUCUGUGAAAAGAAACAGCUCUGUAGCUUUCCAGUUGCGCUCAAAGCAGGAGUUUUUGCCUCCUGAGCAAAUAAUGUGCUUCGGUUUAGCAAGACAAAAUGUGUGUGAAAAUUGUCGUACAUUUUGAACAGUCAUGGCUAUGUGUUAUAUAAUUAUGUAAAACUUGUGUUCACUUGUGCACUGUGAAUGAACUUUGUGUCAUUUUUUUUAAACCUUCACACUACUACCUUCAGACGUUACUGCAACUUCUAUUUCGCCUGUGCUUGAUCUAAAGUCAUUUGUCUAAAUGAAUAAUUAAAAGCUAUGUAAAUCC